AUGCUCAAGUGGCAGUUUGACCACCACGUGGAGGAGCCGGCAGCCCUCAUGGACGCCAUUGCGAGAAACAUAGAGAGGUUCGUCAGCACCAUCCGACGCGGUAAAUUGGGUGCGAGGGGCAAGAGGAGCCUCUCGACCACGGCGGCGUGUGGCAUGCUCGACAUCAUGCGUCAGGUUGUCUCCGACUUCCGUGAGCACGAGGCGCAGCGGGAGAGCAUCAGCCACCAGAUGCUCCGCGCGAACUGUUCUGCGGACCUUGUAGCCACCCAGCAGGUGCGACGGCUGAUGCAGCUUAUCUCCCUUGUCGGGGUGAAGGUGCUGCGGGCGCAGUUUGCCACGCUGAUGCUCAUGAAUGUCACCCGACGCGUGCUGUCACUCAUCCGUGAGGCGGCGUUGGAGAAUAUGGCGAGCAUUUCAGAGCUUGAGGUCCUCGCGGCGCAGCAGCUAAAUGAACUAGAAGCCAGUGACCGUCAUGAUAGUGCGGAUAACGUGCAGGAGCUGCAAUCGUCACAGCCCCUGCCACAGCUGCUGGAAGGGGGAUCGCCGCAGGGCUCCUUGGAACGUUCCCGCGUAGAUAGUGGGCCCGGACCCUUCUCUCCGUCAUCUGCGCUAGGUAGUGAGGAGCGACGACAGCGGCAUGCGUCUAUUAAGGCACUCACAGUGCGAUUUACCAUGAACACUUCGCAGCGGGACAGUAUUGUUGAGCUGGACGCCACAUUUGAGGACGACGACCGGCGAACGGCAGGCGUCUUAGGCGUCGGCAUUCCGGGGGAGCAGUCCCUGCGGCGGGCGCCCAGCAGGCGCGAGGAGGAGGACGAUGAGCGAACGGCGGAGUUUCCAGUCCGUAUCGAUGCUUUUUUUGACAGCCUGCUAGAAGCCACUGCGGUGUUUGCGGCGGAGAUGGAGGGAAUGUGCGAUGAGCUGUGCCUGCGGGCCCCGCGGCAGCUGCACCUCACAGACAUUGUCAUUACGAUUGGCUGCAGCAACACAACCCAGCGAUACUUUUUGAGUGCUCUGAAGGCGCAGGUGCGGUUUAGGGUCAUCAUCCUCGAGGGCGCCCCGUUUCCGUCGCACGUGACGCAGCGGUUGGCGACGGAGCUGCGCGAGAACGGGGCGGAGGUGCAGGUGCUCCCCGACAGCUCCGCCUUUGCGGUGAUGGGGAACUGCACCAAGGUGCUGAUCGGGGCGGAGAGCGUGCUGGCGAACGGCGGGCUGCUGGCCACCAUCGGCACCCACCCGCUCUGCAUUGCCGCGAAGCACUUCGCCGUGCCGGUGCUCGUGGCGACCACGACGCUGAAGAUGUCGCCGUAUUACCCCCGCGACGUCCUCUGCACAAGCCUGGUGAAAAUCUCCCGCACCGACGCGAAGGAGAUUCCGUGGAACACGUACGGCUCCCCCUACGAGGUGCUGCCCACCCCGUACGGGGAAAACGUGGAGAACAUCGGCUCCCUCACCAUCAACUCCCCCGCGACGGAGUACGUGCCGCCGGAGCUCGUCACGCUCUACGCGACGAACGAGUCGGAGUACACCCCCUCGCAGAUCCACCGCAUCGUGCGGGAGAACUACAACCCGGAGGACUAG